UCUGACACAGAACAAAACACCACCAUGUCAAAACCCUCUGCAGGGCAAAACAGAACAACAACAAAAAACCAAACCAAAGCAAACAAACCAAAAAAUAUCAAGCAGCAGCAUUUUGGACAUGGUCUGUGGAAGUGUUUCUCUUCACUUUUGGGCUUUUCAGUCUCACAAUCUACUCUUGGUAGCUAUUUCAGGAAAAUUUUUUAAAAGGGGGAAAAAGAAAGAAGUAAAGGAAAAUAAAAGCCACACCAAAGCAGAGAUGAGAAGCCUUUCCUGAGCCAGGAUCUGACCCUGCCUCGGGUUUUCUCUGCAGUGGCACCAGGAUCAAAGCAUCUCCCCUCUUUUUACCCUAGGUGGGAUGCAGAGCUGCAAAGGAGCCUCCAAGUUUUAAGCAGGAAAACUUGGGAACCACCUGUGUGACAUCAACAGAGCUGUUUUUCACCAGCUUUCCUUGAGCAGAAGGACCAAGCAGUCCAGAAAUUUUAGAAAGGUGCGACAUAAGGGUUGGCUCCCAGCAACAGAACCGGGGGAAAGCCACUGUUCGGGGCGGUGUUUUGGGUCAAAUUCACUCCGAGGGCUCCAAGCCCAGCCUCCUCGCUGGCCCUGGGUGGGUUGGUGUCGCUGCUGACGCUUUCAGGCCCUGUUUCGGGGCUGUUCUGUGGGUGGCUGGGUGAGUUUCCCGGUGCGGUGCCGAUGCGUUCCCCGGCGGCAGAGAGCAGCUCGCCACCGGCUCUCUCCCCGCGCUUGGCAGCGCGCCCGGCCGCCUUUCACUGCCGCCUUUUCAUUCGCCUUAAUUCACUGCGUUUCCUUUCUUGCUCCUUGCGAGGAACAGAGGGAGAGCUUGUUCCAGCAGACGGGCCCCAUCCGCCCCACCCGGCUCCGCUGGAGCGAGGGCUGGAAAAGCGGGAUGCGGGCGAAGGGGAUCUCCCACCCCUGCGGGGCCCCCGCGCCGCCUGCGCGCCGCUUCCCAGCAAAUACGUGUCCCUGGGCAGGCUCCGCUCUGGCUCUGCCACGGCCACGAUCUUCUGUGUCCGUGAGCUUCCCGGUCCCGCAGCAGCUCCGCAGCGAUUCCCAGGCCCGGCAAGCUCCGUGUCGUGCCCCACAGAGCUCGGCACCCGAAGCCCCGGCUGCGGUGGGGCUCUGAUUCCUCCCUGCGAGCAGACACAGCCUGGGAUGGGAUGCUUUGCCAAGGAUCACGUGGAGAAUCCCAGUCCCGCUGCCGAAAACACGAGGCUGACUUUCCUCCCAGCCAAACCCUCCUUCAAAGCACAGCCUUGUCUAGGGCAGGAACAGACCCUGCUCUCCCCUCUAGCCCGGCCACACCGCACCACUUGUUUACUUUCUUCUGCAAAUGCCCUAAACCUUGACAUCGACCUAUUUUCCCUUCUGUUACGCAAAGCUCCUUUCCUAGAAAGAGGCUUUGUGAGGCUCGGUCCAACCAGCCCAGCUCUCCUCCAUGUGUGUAAAAGCAGACUGUAAGAGCCUGGCAGGUUCAGCUCAGCUCCAGCACAUCCAAAACCCACACAGGGAUGAGUCAGGAGGCUCGGGCAGAUGUUACCUGAAACCAUCCUGCGAGACAGCCGGCCCCGUUUGCGGGAAAUCAGAUAAGCAGUAAGGCAGCCUUCAAGUCCACUCCUCAAACUUUGCUUUUUAUUAGUGCUUUUCAUCCAUCUCCUCCUUCUCCAGCAUUCAACAAAGCUGGGAGACAGGGUUUUUUCCAGACAUUUUUGUUUCUCUCCUUACCUUUCACUGGCAUGGAAAACGUCUGAUUUUUUUUUUUUUCUUUUUAAUUUCACAUUU